AUGUCUGCUGAAAGUAAUCAGUUAUCAGGGGAGUCAUCAUCUCUUCACCCUUCUACCACUUCCCAACAAUCCACACAGACCUUAUCUUCAGAGGAAGAGGACAUUGAGGGAGAGGAGGAGAGUUCAAAGGAAGAAUCUCCAUUUUAUGAAGAUAAAGAGUAUCUGGAGGAGAAUGAGCAUCUGGAGGAAGAAAAGUGUCUGAAAGGAGAGGCAUACCUGUAUGAACAAGAAUAUCUGCAGCAGAAAAAGAGUCUGAAAGAAAAAAAUCAUUUGUAUGAAGAAUAUCUGGAAAGGGGUGAGUAUAUGGAGGAGGCCCUUCCAAAAGAUGGUAGCUUUAGUUCACCACAGUGCCCAGGAAAAAAGAACAAACUUGAGAACUACCCAAAGUUCAAAUUAUCAACCCUACCCAUGGUGACCACCUUCUUCACUAUCCCUACUCCCAUCUUUGAACCUGCUAGCAAGUCUCUUUAUUAUGUCACGAAGCCUUCUACAUCCUUCAUGAAGAAUGAUGGAGAGUCUCUGUCCUGGCAGGACCAGGGCACACAGACGGAAUACAUCUAUGAGACCAAAGCACCUUCAAAAUUAAAACUAAAAACAGAGCAAGAAGGCUCAACAACAAUACUAUCCACCUUGAAGUCAGAUUCAGAAGAUGUCAAGUUUGUCUCUCAAAGGAACUUUUGGGAUGAUAUAUUAAAUGAGCCCAUAGACACACUGGAAGUCAAAGACUUCAAUGACAAUCUUUUUAAAACCUCGUAUGACUCAGUAUUUAGGACCAUGAUCAAAGAAAUGGCUGCUCUCAAUGAACUGGAAGAGGAUAUUGACAUUCCCCUGACUGGCCAUCUGGAGAGUGAAACCAGAAGGAAACUGGGAAUUCUGAUGAAGACAAAUUUUGAAGAGUACAAGGGAAAAAUUCAAUGGAUUAUGAAGAAACGUGAAAACUUACUCAAUCCCAAGAUUACAGAGACUUGUACUUACUCAUUGUGUUUAUGGAAUCAAUCAUCACAAAUCAAGAAGUCUGAGAUAGAAGAAGCAAAAAAAACUCAUCAUAUUGUUCAUCAUAACAAGAAAUUAGAAGUAGAUACAGAGUGGACAAAGAGCAAUGUUAAGGUACCUCAAGGUGAUGUAAAAUUAAUUCUCUACUCCAAUGAGAGUAUCUUCCAAAUUCUCUUUCCUGAUGGAUCAGGCCAGAUACAUUAUCCAUCAGGAAACCUGGCUAUGCUCAUCCUCAGUACAAAAGAGAGCAAGUUCACAUAUAUCAUUCUGGAAGACAGUGAAGAAAUGUGUGUUCAGGCCCUUAUCAAUAACUCUGGCCAUGCCACCUUCUAUGAUGAAAACAGAGAAAUCUGGUUGAACCUGAGCCAAAACCUGGGCUACUACUUUGCCAAAGGCAAACCACAGAAGGCCUGGAACUGGUGGAAUCUGAAUCUCCAUGUCCACGCACCCCCUGUCCAGUCUAUCUCCUUAAAUAUCAACCAGUACAUCAAGGUACAAAUCAGGAGCCAAGAUAAGAUCAUCUUCCACUUCAUCCACCAAACAAAGCACAUUCGCUUAAACCUGGGCACCAAGUACAAGCUCAUACUCCCAGAGAUACUGAGUGAAAUGAAGAAGAAAGCAAUCCUGGAGGUGGAAUUCAGUUCAACAGCUCACAAAAUCCAGAUCCUUCUGGGGAAAAUGAACAGGAUCCUGAAUUUCCUCACUAUCUGUGAUUUGGAAAACUUCUUAGAGGGCACCAAGAUCUUACCAAAUGAUGAAUUCCCAACCUUCUUACCUACCUUGGAUCUGUUGGACAACAUGGGUCUGAAGGGAACAUCCUCCAUCCUAGACUAA